AUGGACGUCUGCCAUCUCAUCCUCGGACGCCCAUGGCAGUUUGAUACAGGUGUUCUCUAUGAUGGGCGUACAAAUUCCUAUUCAUUUGAAUGGAAGAAUAGAAAGAUGCGACUCCUUCCCAAUUCACAUAAAGUGCAACCCUCAGAUAGCAAGGAUCAGCCAGCUUUAAAUUUUGUCACCGGGAAUGCAAUUGUACACUUAGGACGGGAGGCCAAAGCCUUACUAGAUGUGUUUGUGGCUGAGGAGAGUUCCUUAAAUAAUUCACCCAUAUACCCAAAAGAAAUUCAGCAGCUUUUGGCAGACUUUGAAGAUGUUGCUCCCACAGAUCUUCCCAGGCAACUUCCGCCAUUGCGUGCCAUACAUCAUCAGAUUGAUCUGAUUCCAGGUGCUACCUUGCCCAACUUGCCUCAUUACAAAAUGAGUCCCACCGAGCACAAAGUUAUACAGCAAAUUGUAGAUGAUAUGAUACAAAAACAAAUGAUCCAACCAAGUCUAAGCCCAUGUGCAGUUCCUGCAUUGUUAGUACCGAAGAAAGAUGGAUCGUGGAGAAUAUGCAUUGAUAGAAGAGCUAUCAAUAAGAUCACUAUUAAGUACCGAUUUCCUGUAUCACAGUUAGAGGAUAUGCUAGAUCAUUUGACAGGCGCCACCAUAUUCACUAAGCAAGCUAGAUCUGCGAAGCGAUUAUCAUCAAAUACGGAUCCAACCAGGCGACUAGUGGAAGACCGCUUUUAA